AUGAGAAGUCGCAUACGUACAACUAUGACAGGAGAAGGACUUUAUCAGCGACCUUUUCAUAUACACGAGAAGAGCCGUACACGAGGCGAAAGAAGAAUCGACGCACUUAUGAGAUCCACUCAGAGGAAAAUAGCGGAUGCCCUGCAGCCCCGUCGGAGAAUUCUGCCUUGGCUAGCAUUAAACGAGGUAUUCAUGGCCGAGUUUUAUGCAUCGAGACCGAUCGCUCUGACAGUCCAGAUCGAUGACAGCGAGAUCAACUCGACCCACUCAUCGGGUAUCUGCGUUUGCACGGGUUCAGGCUCUCGUUCCUGGUUCAAAACGAUGAAUAUGCAAUCCUCUGAAACCAUUCAAAUGCUUGCCGCUAUGGCAACUGGCAAGCAACUGGAUAAGACAAAGUCUGAAAAAAUGUUAUUCAAGUAUCACAACAACCUUCACUUUCCCCCAGAAGAUUUAAAAAUGGCAUAUAUGAUAUAUGAGUGGUUCCACGGUGCGCGCUGCUCAGCAAAGUCCUUCCGAGAAAGGCAAAUGUGUAGCAAGGUCAAGAUUAAAUCGGGAGGUUUCGACGCCGGUCUCGUUCUUGAUGGAUGUGUGUCUUUACCCUUCAACGACGGCAGCACUGCAACUUUCGAAAUUCAACCUGAAUUUGCAUUGAAAAAUAUUAUUUUAAUGACAUAA